AAACCUACGAGUCAACAAAAUUACUCACAGUUGCAACGUCAGAAAUGGGUUCUCGCUACGAGGUGGAAGUGAAAAUCUCAUCGGCGCGUGGGUUGAAGAACGUGAACUGGCGCAACGGUGAAAACCGUCCGUACGUCGUCGUUUGGGUGGAACCCGGCAACAAGCUCUCCACGCAUGUGGACGAGAACGGUGACACCGAGGCCAAUUGGGAUCAGACUCUAGUAAUUCCGGUACCGCCAAAGCCCCUCGAAGAUCAAACGCUCUACAUCGACGUUGUUCACGCCGUCAAAGAGGAAGAAGACACCAAGCCGCUCAUCGGCUCGGCUAAGCUCAAGCUCUCCGAGAUUCUCAGCGACGCCGGAAUGGGUGAGCGCGUGAGCCGCAGUCUCAUGCUGAAGCGUCCAUCCGGCAGACCACAAGGGAAGAUCGAGGUCACCGUGACCAUCAGACAGCCGCAGCCGCACUAUCCUCCUCCCGGUGGUUACCAAGCGCCGGCUUACGGCGUUAGGGAUUAUUCUCCUGCUCCGCAAGGCUAUGGGUACCCUCCCUACGGUGCUCCUCCGCCACAGGAUGCCUAUUAUUCAGCGGCGCCGCCAAGUGGGUAUCCUUACAAUGCGCCUACACAGGGUUACGGUGCAGCACCGCAGCAGGGCUACGGUGUGCCACAGCAGGGUUAUGGUGCGCCACCUCAGAGUGGGUAUGGUUAUAAUGCGCCUCCGCAAACGGCAUCGUAUGGGCAGGGGAGCAGCGCGUACGGGUACGCGCCUAAAGAGGAGAAAAAGAAGAGUAAGUUUGGUGGAAUGGGAGCGGGAUUGGCUGUGGGUGCGGUCGCUGGGGUUCUAGGUGGAGUCGCGCUAGUGGAGGGUGCUGAGUAUCUGGAAAAUAAGAUUGCUGAUGAUGCGGCGGAGAAGGUUGAGGAAGAUCUUGGUUACGAUGGUGAUGACUUCUAGAGGAUCAUAGUCUCUUGUUUAAUUUUAUGCCAAAAGAACUGAGAAAACAAAAUAAUUUUAUGUUUUAUGUUUUUUUCUUAUUUUCUUUUCUAUCAGUUGCUUAGUUUUGGUGUUUGGAAUUAGAAAGUCUUUCAUUUAUGACAUCA